AAUGCAUCUAUACAAGUACUUAUAGUUAGAUUCCUCUACUUUAGCUUACAAGAAGAAUGGGUCUAGCUUUAAUUCCACUUUGUUUAAUAUUCCUCUACUUAGCUUACGACCUCAUCCAACGGUUCAAGUACAAACUACCUCCCGGUCCGAAGUCUUGGCCGGUAAUCGGUAACAUUUACGAUGUAAAACCGGUUCAGUUCAGAUGCUUCCAUGAAUGGGCCCAAACCUACGGCCCGAUAAUCUCAUUCAGACUAGGAUCCGAAUGCCAUGUAGUUGUAUCGAAUUCUGAGCUUGCUAAACAAGUGUUAAUGGAACAAGAUCAGAAUUUAGCAGACAGGUUUAGGAGAUCAUCAUCUAGAAUGAAUAAAGAUGGUAAAGAUCUUAUUUGGGCUGAUUAUGGGCCUUUUUAUGUUAAGGUUAGAAAAGUUUGUAAUUUGGCUUUGUUCACUCCUAAAAAACUUGAGGCCCAUAGGCCCAUUAGAGAAGAUGAAGGCCUUGCUAUGGUUGAAGCUAUCUUCAAUGAUUGCACUUCUUCUGAAAGCAAAGGCAAAGCCAUGAGCAUAAGGAAUCACACAGAAAUAUGGGCAUUCAACACCAUAUCAAGGAUAACCUUUGGGAAAAAGUACAUAAAUUCCAAUGGUGAAGAAGAUCCCAUGAUACUAAAGUUAAAGGGUGUUUUACACAGUCGCAAGGUUAAAAGUUCAAAUUUUAGCAUGUUGGCUGAGCAUAUUCCAUGGCUAAGACAAUUGUUGUUAUCAUUUGAUAAACAAAAAAAAGAGGUUUCAAAUCUUGAUGAUAAAUUGGACAUAAUUCUUAAGGAUAUCAUUCACGAAUAUGUUGAUGUUAACUCUAAGGAUAUGAAGGAUGUUGCAAACCAACAUUUUGUUCAUUCAUUGCUUGCUUUCAAACAUGAAUAUGAUCUUGGGGAUGACACUAUUUGUGGUCUUCUUUGGGAUAUGGUUAUUGCUGGUAAAGAUACAAUUGCAAUUGUUGUAGAGUGGGCUUUGGCUGAAUUGAUACGAAAUCCAAAAGUACAAAAGAAAGCCCAAGAAGAGCUGGAUCGUGUUAUUGGGCCGGAGCGAAAAAUAACCGAACAAGAUUUUUCAAACCUUCCAUACUUACAAGCCUUAGUUAAGGAGUCCUUAAGGUUGCACCCUCCAACCCCUUUAAUGUUGCCACAUAGGGCCAAAGCCCAUGUCAAGAUUGGUGGGUAUGAUAUUCCUAAGGGCUCAGUGGUCCAUGUGAAUGUUUGGGCUUUGGGCCGUGACCCUAAUGUCUGGCAAGACGUAAAUGAGUUUAAACCUGAAAGAUUCUUAAAAGAAGAUGUGGACAUAAAAGGUCAUGAUUUUCGGUUAUUACCUUUCGGGGCGGGUCGACGGAUCUGUCCUGGAGCACAAAUGGGUAUAAAUUUGUUGACUUUAACUUUAGGUCAUCUUUUGCACCAUUUUGAUUGGUACCCACCAAAUGGUGUUAGAUUAGAUGAAAUCGAUAUGACAGAGAAACCUGGUGUCGUUACCUACAUGAGCACUCCUUUACAAGUAAACGUAGUUCCAAGGUUGCCUACAAAAUUAUACAAGUCUUUACCAACUGACUUGUAGGCUCAUACUUUCUCUAUGCCUCUCAAUUAACAUCAAUUUUUAUUUUAUUAAGUCUCACUAAUUUUACGUCAUUUUCCUUUUGCAUUGUUUUCACCCUCAUGUUAUAUCUAUUUAUUUUAACCAUUUAUUUUUAUAUUCACUUAUUUUUUUCUUAUUAUCCAAUCAGAAAAACAUAUGAUGUUAAUUGAGAUUUGAGAGGGACAAGGGUGAAUACUGAGUGUGAGUGGAUGGAAGUCCAAGGCUUUGAAAUGAAGAAUUUAUAUGUAUUUUUGGAUUUAAUUUAUUUCUAUUAUGGAAAAAGCAUCAAAUAUUCAAAAACAAUUUUAAAUUAUAAAUAAAAAUUAGUUUUAUGGUUGUGUCAUAUUGUUCCAUUAAGAAUUCUUAGGAUUCAACUUAAUUUAUUUGUGAGCAUAUUGUAUAAUUUAUUAUCUUUUCCGCAAUGUGUUCUAUUAUCCUGUUAUUCUAUCUAAUGUUUUAAAUAUGCUAC